UUUAACUCAGUGCGCUUCCUCUCAAUUCUCUUGGAAAAUACCCAAAUACUGUGGAUUAUUGGCUGAGUUUCGUCAUAGAAGUCACUCCAAGAUGGAGCGUCAAAUCCGCUUGGUGGAGGUCAAUGCGCAUAUCACUUGCAGGAUUUGCCAUGGUUACUUUAUCGAUGCUACCACCAUCACGGAAUGUUUGCAUACAUUCUGUAAAAGUUGUAUAGUAAGAUAUUUAGAAGAACACAAUACGUGUCCAACAUGUGGUAUUGUGAUACACCAAAGUCAUCCACUACAUUAUAUUGGUCAUGAUCGUACUAUGCAAGACAUUGUCUAUAAACUCGUUCCAAAACUUCAAAUGGAUGAAGAGUACAGAGAGAAGCGUUUUUAUGAACUACAAGGAAUGCAAUAUCCACAUAAUGAUUCUGAAACAGAGACAGAAGAGCAACCCAGGGACAAUGCAUCAACGUCUAAAACAGAUGAUGAUAACGAUUAUCAUCGAAGUGACGAGCAAGUCAACGUCUGCUUAGAGUGCAAUAGUUUUAAUUUAAGAGCAUUAAAAAGAAAAUACAUUCGUUGUUCUUCGCAAGCUACAAUUACACACAUCAAGAAAUUCAUUGCCAAGAAACUUAAACUUGCAACACAUUUAGAAGUUGAUAUACUAUGCAAUGAAGAGAUUCUUGGUAAGGAUCAUACACUGAAAUUCGUAACAGUUACAAGAUGGAGGUGUCGGGAAUCCCCUCUGAUGUUGCAAUACAGACCACGAGUUGAGCUUUGA